AUGCCUGAAGGGAACGAAGAGAGAAUUAUGAAAAGUAUUAAAGAAGCAGAGAGUUUAUUUAAUUUAAGAGAGGAUGAAGUAACAUGGUUUAAAAUAAACAGUAUAUUUAGUGGUUUAAGAGAUUACCUUGAUUCAUUUGAUCUUGUAGAGAAGUAUUUCAUUAAUUUUACUUCAUUGCUGCAAAGAAGUAUCCAAUCAGAUAGAUCAAUGUUAAAUGGAACUUGUACUAGAUUCUUUGAUCAUUGUUUAUCAUUUAACAAACAAUCUAAACAAUUUAUUAAUUAUGUUCCUAUUUUUAUUAAACUUACGGGAAAAACUAAUAAAAUAUUGGCUUCUCGUGCACAAAAUAGUUUACUAUUACUUAGUAAAUUAGUUGAUGUUGGUGUUUUAAGUAAAAUGUUCAUUGAUCCUAUUAAGUCUAAUAGUAAAUCAAUAAGAAUUGCAGUGUUUAACGUGCUAGAAAAGUUAAUUAAUAAAGGAAAUGUAGAUACUUUUAAAGAACAUCUAGAAGUGGGUAGUAAAGAUCCAACUAUAGAAAUAAGAACUAUAUGUAAGAAUAUUAAUAAAAAAUUGCUACAGAAAGAAAUAAGUACCACUAAAGAAAAUAUAGUUAAUAAAGUAAACAAGGUAAUAAAAAAAUCAACAACCUCAAAUAGUCGUAAAAAAAAUGAUCUUGUUGUUAAAGCUGCUCUAUCUAAAACAAAUCCUCUAAAAUCAGAUGUUAUAAAAGAAAGAUUAUCGAUUAGCAAAUAUUUUAAUAAUCCAAUAAAAAAGACAAACUCAACACAAAUGGAAGAUAAAAUGCUUAAAAUAAAGUUAGAAGAGUUUAGAAAAAGUGCAAAUGAAACACCUGUAAAAAUAAGUUUAAAUCAAAAUGAUCUGAUUAAAAGUAUAAAUGAAAAUAACAAAUAUGAGUUUAAAAACAAAGAGAUAUUAGAACAAAAUGUAUUAAGUUUUCUUGAUGAAACAUACCUUUACAAUUCAGAAGUCAAUCAUUCAAAUAAUCCAAGUUUAGAACAUGUUGUUAUUAAUGAAGGUGUUGCUAAUGAAAUUUUACCAAUUACAAGUGAUGAUAGAACGGAUUUAAAUAUAAAUAAUCUAAAUCAUUCAUUUAUGAAUAUUUCUAUAGAACCUUCAAUAGUUAAAGAGGAAUCUGUUAAUAAUAAAGAUUUAAACAGUAAUGAUAAAGAUAAUAAUAAAGAUUUAAACAGUAAUGAUAAAGAUAAUAAUAAAGAUUUAAACAGUAAUGAUAAAGAUAAUAAUAAAGAUUUAAAUAAUAAUAUUAUUAAUGAUGAAGUAAUAAUUAAUCCUAUUAAAGUAAGUGAAAAUGAAACAACUUAUUUAGUUCCAUUCGAAGUUUCAAAUAAUGAUGAAGGUGAUAAUACUAUGGAAAUUACAUUAGAAAAAGAAAACGUUGAUAAUUUAGAUGAAAUUAUUGUUUUAGAAACAGACAAUAAUGAACCUGUAGUUCGUUGUUUAGAAUUUAAUAACACAAUUGAAUUAGAUGAGAGCUAUAAAAAUCAGUUAAACUAUUUUAAUACUCACCCAUUGAAAAAAAUUAGGAAAUCAAAACAGAAACCUUUAUUUAAAAAAAUUAAUCAAGUAAAAAAACUAAACGGUGAUUAUAAUAGCAGUGUUUGUAGAUCUUUUAUUGUAGAAUCUGGAUCUUCUGAGGUGUUUUCUAAAACAAAAGAAUAA